CUUUAGGUUGGUACAAAAACAAAACGUUAUUAUAAAAAAUCUCAGUUGCAGAGGUUCAAGUGUGAAAAAUUCGAGUGUUUUCCAUCUGAAAAUUAAAAAUUAGGGUUAACGUAUACUCAAGGCGCAUUUUUUGUUUAGGGCUCCAAAAUUGUUUAAUUUUAAUAAAUCGCAUUCUCUCAUCAUGCCGACGGAAAUCACGUCAAGAGAGGUGUUGAAUUGUUUAAAUUAUCUCGGUUAUAAUAAUAUAAAUGCAAUGCAACUAAAAGAGUUUGUACAAGAUUUGAAGAAACUAAUAAAGUAUGAAGAACGGAAAAAGUUUGCAGGAAACUUUCAAAAUGAAUCAGGUGAAAAACAGAUGGAAAAUUCAAGUUGUAGACUGGCAGACAAUGAAAGUGAAAAACUACCAGACACCAAAGACGCAGACACAAAAAAACCUCGAAAUCCUAUUGACAUAUUUCAAAGUUUAUACUCACACAGUACUUUGUCAUCAAAAGCAAAGAUUGUGCCAAAAAAAGAAAGCGUUAUUUCAUUGUAUGUGAGAAAGAAUAGAUGUAUUCAUAGCUGUAUACAGCAUAACAAAGAAAACGUAAUUAGUGAAGAAAGUGAAGAUAAAUUCGCAGACGCAGAGGAAGUGGAACUUGACACAAAUCCUUUUCAAAACAAAUCAAAUGUUGUGAUUGAUAAAAAACCUACUAACGUUUGUAAGUCAAAAAGUUCAUUUAUCAGGCCUGUAAUGCUUACAAGUCAAAAAAGUGACCCAGUUGCACUAUAUCACCAGUACAAAGCUGGAUGGCAACGGCAGAAAAUUCCAGGUGAAUGCCAAAGAGCAAAUUUGAGGUGGGCUGUUCGAGAAAAAAUGUUGAGUAGACCAAGGGUCGGUCUCUAGGGUAUAAAGAAUAAAAAAAAAAAUUAAACAAAGUACAUAAAUGUAUGGCUGUAUAAUGUAAAUAAAAAAAAAUAUGAUAUUUAACAAUCGUUUGGGAGCAAAGAUUUAAAUUUUGUUAAAAUGCAAAAAUUGUGAUGGAAGUAUAUUUUUAAUACUAACUCUACCAACUGUAUUUCCACACUAUCCAAUAGUAAUUUUCAUAGUGUAGGAUUUUACUGAAUACAGCGUGUUAUAUCUUGGAUUUUGUUUAUUGUUACUUUGUUCCGUACCAAUAUAAUUCAUACAUUUC